AUGGAAGUGAAGGUGAAAAUGAUGAUGAGAGGGUGGUUCGCCAUGGUUUUGCUCCUAGUAUGCACCGUAAUUUCGGUGAGAUCGGAUGCAUCCAAUCAUAAAUACAAAGUCGGAGAUUCUGUGCCGCUUUACGCUAAUAAGGUCGGACCUUUUCACAAUCCUAGUGAAACGUAUCGCUACUUUGAUCUUCCUUUCUGUUCCCCAGCUCAUAUGAAAGAGAAGAAAGAAGCUCUUGGGGAAGUGUUGAAUGGGGAUCGGCUUGUUAGUGCCCCGUAUAAACUUGACUUUUUGCAAGAUAAAGACUCUGAAAUUGUUUGCAAGAAGACGUUAUCCAAGAAAGAAGUUGCGCAAUUCCGAAAAGCUGUCAUGAAAGACUAUUAUUUCCAAAUGUAUUAUGAUGAUUUGCCCUUCUGGGGUUUCUUAGGGAAAGUUGAGAAGGAAGGAAAAUCUGAUCCCAACGAGUGCAAAUAUUAUCUAUUUAAACAUCUCCAUUUUGAGAUCCUUUACAAUAAGGACCGUGUGAUUGAGAUUAAUGCGCGAACUGACCCCAAUGCCCGUGUAGACCUCACUGAGGAUAAGGAAGUUGAUGUGGAAAUCAUGUACUCUGUGAAAUGGAAGGAAACAAAUACACCUUUCGAGAAGAGGAUGGAGAAGUAUUCACAGUCUUCUUCACUACCGCAUCACUUGGAAAUCCAUUGGUUCUCAAUAAUCAACUCCUGUGUGACAGUUCUCCUCUUAACUGGCUUCCUGGCCACUAUUCUUAUGCGAGUCCUUAAGAAUGACUUUGUCAAGUAUGCUCAUGAUGAGGAGACAACCGAUGAUCAAGAAGAAACUGGUUGGAAAUAUAUUCAUGGUGAUGUGUUCAGGUACCCGAAGUAUAAAUCUUUGUUUGCUGCAUCCGUUGGUUCUGGUACCCAGUUGUUUACCCUCAUGGUAUUUAUUUUUAUCCUUGCACUGGUUGGUGUAUUUUAUCCAUACAACAGAGGAGCUCUAUUCACUGCACUUGUUGUCAUUUACGCACUUACAUCUGGAAUUGCUGGCUAUACUGCAGCUGCUUUCUAUUGCCAACUAGAAGGAACAAACUGGGUUCGGAAUUUAUUGUUGACUGGAAGUCUAUUUUGUGGGCCGCUAUUUCUUACAUUCUGCUUCCUUAAUACUGUUGCCAUUGCUUACAGUGCCACUGCAGCACUGCCGUUCGGAACAAUUGUAGUCAUCUUUCUUAUUUGGGCACUCGUAACAUCACCUUUGCUAGUCUUGGGCGGGAUAGCAGGAAAGAAUAGCAAGGCCGAGUUUCAAGCACCAUGUCGCACCACAAAAUAUCCUAGAGAGAUCCCACAGUUGCCUUGGUACCGUGGAACUCUACCUCAGAUGGCAAUGGCUGGAUUCUUGCCUUUCAGUGCCAUUUAUAUUGAACUUUACUACAUAUUUGCCAGUGUGUGGGGCCACAGGAUCUAUACUAUCUACAGCAUCUUAUUUGUUGUUUUCAUCAUCCUCUUGAUUGUUACUGCCUUUAUUACUGUUGCUUUGACGUACUUCCAGCUUGCUGCUGAAGACCAUGAAUGGUGGUGGAGGUCCUUCCUUUGUGGUGGAUCUACGGGGCUGUUCAUCUAUAGCUACUGCUUGUAUUUUUACUAUGCACGGUCAGAUAUGUCUGGCUUCAUGCAAACAUCAUUCUUCUUUGGAUACAUGGCGUGCAUUUGCUAUGGUUUCUUCCUCAUGCUGGGGACUGUUGGUUUCCGUGCAGCACUCUUUUUUGUUCGUCAUAUAUACCACUCAAUUAAGUGCGAGUAG